CAGGAGGCAAGCAGCCUCACAGCACAUUCUGACCAUCACACACAGGCUUGGAGAGAGAGGGAGAGAGAGAGAGAGACCGAAUCAGCACCUCACACACAUUGCCAGAACCUGCUCACUCCAGGGUGAGGAAUUCUUUACUUACAUUUUUUUGAAUUACUCAACCUGCAUUACUAUCUGUCCUCUCUCUCUGACAUGGAGCUCCACAGCCUCCGACACCACCACAGCCACCGGACUGACGACAAGCUCCAGAUGCUGAACCUCAACCAGCGCCUGGAGACCUACCUGGGCCGAGUGAGGCUGCUGGAGGAGGAGAACAAGCUACUAUGCCAGGAGAUCCAGGCCCUGAGGGGCAGCGGCCAGGGGGGGCGGAUGGGCCUGGAUGACAAGCUGAGCCUGGCCAGGCAAGAGGUAGAGGAAGUCUGGAGGGAGAAGGAUCGGGUGGAGCUGGAGCUAGGGAGCCUGGGUGAAGAACUCCACGUCCUGGGGCUGCAGAGACAGUGGGAGGCGGACGCCCAUGGGGAAGUGAAGAAGAAGCUGGCAGACAGCAGGAAGCAGAUGGAGGAGGAGAGGAGGGCUCAGAUCUGGUUAGGAGAGAAGGUGAGCCAGCUAGAGAAACAAAUCCAGUUCCAGAUAAAAACCCACCAGGAAGAUGUUGCCGGCUUCCAGGCUACACUAAUCCAUGUCAGACCUGCACUGCCACCCCCUCCACCCCAAACGGGCACCCAGCUGCCCAGCCUCCAGGAGCUGGGUGAGGAGUACUCCCAGAUGGCAGUCAGGGCGUGGCAUGAGGCGGCCAUGGUGUUUCAGGGCCAGGUGGACAGCCUGGACGAGUCUCUAAACCAGGCCAGAACCCGGUUGGCCCAGGUGGGCCAGGAGAAGAAUGAGAGCCAGCUGAAACUUCAGGCCCUGGAGAAUGAGCUGCAAUCAGCCCAGGAUAGAAGGCAGUGUCUGGAGAGGAGUGUGGCCAAACAGAGAGACAUGCAGAGGCAAGAGAUACAAAACCUGCAGGCCCAUCUGGAUGUGUUGGAGAUGGAGAAGGGGGCGCUGGGAAAUCAGAUUGACACUCUCCUGACAGAAAGUAGGGGUCUGCUGCAGCUGAAGAUGUCUCUGGGCAUGGAGGUGGCCACAUACAGCGCUUUACUGGACAAUGAAAGUCUGAAGGGGGAUUUCUCUUCAACAAAUCAGCUAAGGAGUACCUACAUCUCUGUUGGAGUGCCCAGCUCCCGAGGGGUUAAGCAAAGCUUCCAGACACAGCUGGCUACCAGUCACAUGAUCAGGCCCAUCUCUACCAUCCAUAGAGCAAGUCCACGAUCCAAUGUGACAAUGAUGUCCGCAUCACCAAUCUGGACUCAAAAUCGGGUAACCCUGAAUGAAACACCUGAGAGUUGUCGAAAGACAGAAGAGCAUAUCGACUUUGGCGUAGGGUCCAACCACCAGGUAAGUUGUUCAACGCCUUACCUCAAAGUACCACAGGACGGAAUUUCAGUCCACCACUUCAGACCCCAAGAUGUCCAUAUAGAAGUCAACUAUGCUGAGCCUCUCUCACCUCCCACUGAAGAGGCAGGAGCUGAUGUUGUAUCUUUGCUUGGAUCUGACCACAAGGAACAAUCCAUGUGGGAUAUGGAAAAGGAGGAAGAGGAUCAGAACAUAGUCAGAACCUGGUUUGCUGAAGAGAAACCCGUUCUGGAAUCUGCCAUGAGUCACCGGGUCGAGACCAGCUUCAGUAUGCCAACUGUGUUCAGCACUGAUGCUCAAGAGCUCUACAGCCCUUCAGUGAGCUAUGAGAGAGCAGGUUCGGUGACAGGGGCACAUUCUGCUUUCUCAGCGAAUGAUGAUAAUGAUGUACCUUUUGAAAUGUAUUUUGAAAAAGAGGAACCUCUACUAGAUAUGCCUUACGGUCCCAUGAAUGCAUCGGAGGAAAGAGAGCUUGAAACAGCAAAGAAAGAUGCUGAAUGGGCGAGAAACGAAGGCUUGGAAUCUGAAACUGCAUCAGUGCUAGAGCAAGCAUUUGAAACCUUCACAAGCAGUCAAGCUUUUGAGUAUGGGGCGGGGAAAAGUUACAACAAGCCAAUAGAGUUCAACCAAGAGGACAAUAUGUCAUAUGAAUCCACUCAAGCCUCCCACGGUUCAGAAGAGGCAUUUCGCCAUGUUAAAAGACUGGAGGAAGAUGUUAUUCAUCUCCCAAAAGAGGAUGAAAAUGAUAUGUCUAACAAACAUGAGGAGCAAUUGGAAGAUGAAUUGCACCCCUAUGGGUAUGGUAACGAUGAUUGUGAAAGAUUGGGAGGAUUCAUUAAGGAAAAUGACAUGACAGAAAGAAUCGAUAAGUUCAACCAAGAGGAGAUUAUCUCAUAUGAAUCUGCUCAAGCUUCUCACUGGUCAGAAGAGGUAUUUCACCAUGUUGAAAGAGUGGAGGAAGGUGACAUAAAUUUCACAAAAGUGGAUGAUGAAAAUGAUAUGUCUAACAAACGUGAGGAACAACAUGCACUGAACCCCAAUGGGGAUGUAAAGGAUGAAUGGGAUCGAGUGGCAGGGUACAAUGAAGAGAAUGGAAUUGGAGAAAGAAUGGAUGAUUGGAAAGAAGCAAAGUAUCAUGUGAAAGAGGAAGAGAUGUGGAAUAACAGAGAAGCCCAACCCAAUCGGUCUGAUCAAGAGUAUAUACCUUCAAAUGAAGAGAAACAAAAUCUAUUCGAGCAAGAGCAAAUACCUUCAGGCAGAGAGAAACUGAAUCAGUCUGAGCAAAGGUAUAUCAAUUCAAACGGAGAGAAACUGAAUCAAUCUGAGCAAGAACAUAUACCUUCAGGCGGAGAGAAACUGAAUCAAUCCGAGCCAGAGUACAUAACUUCAGGCGGAGAGAAACAGAACGUAAAUGCACAAGAACACAUAACAACAGACGGAGAGAAAAUGAAUCAAUCCGAGUCAGAGUAUAUACCUUCAGGUGGAGAGAAACUGAAUCAAUCCGAGCCAGAGUACAUAACUUCAGGCGGAGAGAAACUGAAUCUAUAUGUGCAAGAACACAUACCCUCAGACAGAGAGGAACUGAAUCAAUCUGAACAAGAGAAUAUACCUUUAGGUGGACAGAAACUGAAUCAGUCUGAACAAGAGAAUAUACCUUUAGGUGGACAGAAACUGAAUCAGUCUGAACAAGAGAAUAUACCUUUAGGUGGACAGAAACUGAAUCAAUUCGAGCCAGAGUACAUAACUUCAGGCGGAGAGAAACAGAACGUAAAUGCACAAGAACACAUACCAACAGACGGAGAGAAAAUGAAUCAAUCCGAGUCAGAGUAUAUACCUUCAGGUGGAGAGAAACUGAAUCAAUCCGAGCCAGAGUACAUAACUUCAGGCGGAGAGAAACUGAAUCUAUAUGUGCAAGAACACAUACCCUCAGACAGAGAGGAACUGAAUCAAUCUGAACAAGAGGAUAUAACUUCAGGCGGAGAGAAACGGAAUCAAUCCGAGCCAGAGUACAUAACUUCAGGCGGAGAGAAACGGAAUCAAUCCGAGCAAGAGAAUAUACCUUUAGGUGGAGAGAAACGGAAUCAAUCUGAACAAGAGAAGAUACCUUCAGGAGGAGAGAAACUGAAUCAAUCUGAGCCAGAGUAUAUAAUUUCAGGCGGAGAGAAACUGAAUCAAUCUGAACAAAAAGGAUAUAACUUCAGGCGGCGAGACACUGGAUAUAUGUGA